CAACUGUUUAUGUCCUGUAUGUUCUUUAGAGGAACAAUUCACAAAGGAUAAAGAUUCAAGGUCAGAUCUUCAUCCCAGCGGCAGGGGGCAAGCUGGGGGAGAGGCCGUCCACUGCGUCAGUACAGGUAUGCAGCUGUAUCCUGAGACUGAAGGGGAGUCUGGGGUGCAGAGCGUACAUGAACCCUGCAAGGACCACUGCCAAGACCACCACCAUGUACAUCAAGAGGGACAUCAUCAGGAGUGUCUACAGCAGUGCCAAAAACUUCUUUGAACAUCUGAUAAAUGAUGAAAACUCAGCGAAGGCAUUCAUGGGCUCCCAGCCCUUGGCUAAGCGGGUGUUCUUCCUGGUUCCCGACACUGGCAUCUCUCUGUGUGACUACAUACUCUCCUCUGAGACAGAGGCAGCUGUCCAGGAGAGGGUAAGGGAGUGGGCAGGCUUCACCAUCCCUGAUGGGCAGCUCCAUAUCACCCAGCAGCUGGUACAGGGCAGGUUGGAGUGGCACCAAGAUUCAGAGGAAGGCAUGGACAGCACCUGGGUCCCGGUGUACAAGAUCCAGCAGAGGCGCAAAAUCACCAUGGGUGUGGCAGUGGCUUCAGGAGUCUCCCUGGUGGCCUGUCUCAUCUAUAGUCUCUUCCUAGAAGAGUGACGAUGUGUCCCACGGAGUCAAGCGGUUCAAUCCCAGGAUCUGGCAUGCAAAGGGCAUCAGAACAUCCCUGGGAUUCCCAUAAAUUAAAGGGGCCUGUGCAAUGACAUGGAAGUUAAGAUGUGUUUUUUCCAUUUCUAUUAACACAUUCCAGUAACAGAUGACAGUGUGUCUAGGAAUACACUUCCUGGGUUCAUUGUUAGAGGGGCCCAUUCAUAUUUGCGGCGUGAGACAGCAAAGUCACGUGGAAGGAGCAAUUUAUUUUCAUGUGAGAUCAGAGCCACCAGCUGCUAUAGUUUUACACUCUAACGGGAGCGUCAUGCCCCAGACCGGGUCCUCAUCCCUGUGUCAUGCCUUAUGAUGUGACGUCAUAUUAGUGGGGUUUUGUGUGGGUCAACUAGAGUGUUGCAGCUGGUGCCAUGAAUCAAAGCUCACAGCGCCAACUGAGAAACAACCUACCCAAUAAACAGAGAGAGAGGGAUGGGGGCGCUUAUUAUAACUACUGUAGGUAAAUAUUUGUGUUAACUAAUCUCAUUCUCGGAAGUCUCGGGUAAUCAACAGCGCCUCUUCAAACUCAGGAGGCUGAAGAAAUUUGGCUUGUUAACUAAAACUCUCACAAACCUUUACAGAUGCACAAUUGAGAGCAUCCUGUUGGGCUAUAUCACUGCCUGGUACGACAAUUGCAAACCACCCACAAACGCAGGGCUCUCCUGAGGGUGGUGCGGUUUGCACAACGCAUCACCGGGGGCCAACUACCUGCCCUCCAGGACACCUACAGCACCCGAUGUCACAGGAAGGCCAAAAAGAUCAUCAAGGAGAACAACCACCCGAGCCACUCCCU